CGCUCAAUGUUUCAAAAUGGCAGUGUCCCACGUACUACGAUCAUCUCCUUUCCGAUUCCUCUGCUGCAUAAACCCUAGGAAAACCCUUCAUUUUCAAUUCAAACCAAUGUCUUGGACCUGCUCCAAAUGCACAUUCAUAAACCCUUCUUCACAAACUUCAACCUGCCUCAUCUGCUCUUCUUCUUCUUCGAUACCCCAGUCUCCUUCAUCUUCGUCUGCCCCAUCUCCUUCAACCCCGAAAUGGUCUUGCAAAGCCUGCACCUUUUUGAACCCGUAUCGCAACCCCAUCUGCGAAGUCUGCGGGACAAGAGCCUCAGUGUCGUCUCUGUCCAGCUUCGAGGAUUUGAACUGUACGGAUCCUGAUGGUGAGUUGGACUCCUCAGUUGGGUCUGUGUUCUUGCCCUUGCAGCGUUGUAGUAAGAGGAAGAAUCGGGACCCAGUUGAGAUUGAUGCCGCUGCUGGUGGAUCGGGUGGGUUCGGUAGGGUUAAGUCGGCGAAUAAGGCGGUGGUCGCGUUGGAGGAUACUGAUUCAGAUUCGGUUUUGAGUUCAUUAAAGAUCUUGAGUUAUAAUGUUUGGUUUCGAGAAGACCUGGAGAUGGAUAAAAGGAUGCAAGCACUAGGUGACCUUAUUCAACUACAUUCCCCAGAUCUGAUUUGUUUUCAGGAAGUUACUCCAAAUAUCUAUGACGUAUUUCGGCAGUCCUGCUGGUGGAAGGUAUAUCGAUGCUCAGUUCCAAAUGAGAUGGCACACCUAAGACCCUACUUUUGCAUGCUGUUAAGCAAACUCCCAGUGAAAUCCUUCAGCUGUAAACGCUUCAGCAACUCUAUUAUGGGAAGAGAACUUUGCAUUGCUGAGCUUGAAGUUCAGGCAGGCAAGCCUUUGGUUCUCGCCACCAGCCAUCUCGAGAGUCCUUGCCCAGCCCCUCCCAAAUGGGAUCAGAUGUACAGCAAGGAACGGGUGGAUCAGGCAAAGGAGGCCCUUAACCUUCUGACGAAAAAUCCAAACGUGAUUUUUGGUGGUGACAUGAACUGGGAUGAGAAGUCAGAUGGCCAAUUUCCUCUACCUGAUGAGUGGGUUGAUGCCUGGGCAGAUCUAAGGCCCGGAGAAAAUGGAUGGACAUAUGAUACAAAGUCCAAUCAGAUGUUGUCUGGCAAUCGGACCCUGCAAAAGCGACUAGAUCGAUUCAUGUGCAGAUUGCAUGAUUUCAAGAUAAGUAAAAUUGACAUGAUAGGAAUGGAGCCAAUACCAGGUUUAUCAUAUUGCAAGGAGAAGAAAGUGAGGAAAGAGAUCCAACAGUUGGUGCUCCCUGUUUUGCCCAGUGAUCAUUAUGGCUUGCUUUUAACAAUAUCUAGCCAGUGACUUCUGUUUGAUAUAAUGUGGAAUUGCACUGAAGGUCGGUUGAGAAAUGAUUCUCAUUUUGGUGUGAUUGAACUCUUGCUGUACUUCAAAAAAUACUUUAUGUGCAUUUUUGUAUAGAUGACAGAUGAAAUGAUGCAAUGCUCUUAUAUCCCCUUUUGGAGCAUUCUUUCUGCCUUAAGUAUUUACUCUUUUGUCUUUUGAUGGGCGUGAUAUAGUUGGAGAUAUACUCUUUCGUAUUUA